GAUCGAAUCGAAUCGAAUCGAAUCAAAUUAAGCUAGGUAUAAAUCGGAAUCGGAGCGGAAUGAGCCAUAACAACGUGAUCUGCACGAUCUGUUCGGAGCGGUAUCGCACCUCGGACAACAUACACGCCGGCAGAUGUGGACACGCGUUCCACGAGGAGUGCCUGGACCGCUGGAGGAAGCAAUCAAGAACUUGCCCCAUCUGCCGCUGCCAGGAUGCCGUGUACUUUCAGCUUUAUCUGGACUUCGAGGAGUCCCCGGAAAGUGCAUCGGCACGGGGUGGCAGUGGGGGCGGCCAUAAUCGGAGUCAAGGUCAGAGCGCCUGCAGUCGCAGCAGCAGCAGCAGCAGCAGCAGCGGCAGCAGCAACAACAACAUCAACAACAACAACAGCAGUAUCAGCAGCAGCGAUUAUAUGGGAAUUAUGAGGGAGUACGAAAAUCUGCUUUACGAGACGGGUUUGUUCCAAGAAGAGAUCAAAUAUCUUAACCAGCGGAUCGAGGCCCUUACUGUCGGCAAUCCUGAACUCGGCAAUCUGCAUGGAGAGUCGGAUUCGGAUGUUGAUUAAUAGCCGUAAACAAACAAACGAAAGAGUCGCCGUAAACAUUUGCUUAUCGUACUAUUCGCCAGGAAACCAGAUCUUUAUCCAAUCGAAACUGAAUCUCAUCUCAAGUCAUUGGAAAACAGACAAGCAAAACUUAAAAGGCUUAGCAAAACAAAAGAAUAACAAGAACAAUAUAUAUCGAUACAGCAGGGACAGCGUUAGCAAAUUCAUAAUACAUAUAUUAUACCAAACAAUAUAAUAAGAUAAGAAGCCCAAACAAAUAAAUGGUUUACGACUGAAUCGCUGAAUCAA